AUGACAUCAACACAUCCUAUACAACUGGUGACACCGUAUGAUUAUCAUGAUGAUAAUGAAAAGAAGUUGAAACCAACCAAUUAUUUUGGGUUUUUUUAUAACCUAAGAACUAUAAUCGUCAUUGUGGUACUUGGUAUAAUAUCCCUAUUUACAAUAAUUAAUCAAAUGAUUACUUCAAAAUAUGGUUACGCACCAAAUUUAUCACAAUUUGAUAGUAAUCAAGUUCAAUUCUUUGAUUUAGCAAAUUAUCAAGGUUCCGCAAAUGGUUGGCAAUAUGAUGAAAGAGUAUUAUUUUGUGUGCCAUUGAGAGAUGCCGCUGCUCAUUUACCAAUGUUUUUUGGUCAUAUGAAGAAUUUAACAUAUCCACAUCAUUUAAUUGAUUUAGCAUUUUUAGUUUCUGAUUCCUCUGAUGAUACAAUGGGAGAAUUGAAAAAACAUUUGAAUGAAGUUCAAAAGGAUCCAAAUUUAGCAUUUGGAGAAAUUGAAAUUUUUGAAAAAGAUUUUGGUCAAUCUAUUGGUCAAGGUUUUUCUGAUCGUCAUGGUUUUGCUGCACAAGGUCCAAGAAGAAAAUUGAUGGCUAGAGCAAGAAAUUGGUUAUGGUCAGUAGCUUUGAAGCCUCAUCAUUCCUUUGUUUAUUGGAGAGAUGCAGAUGUUGAAACCGUUCCUCCAACUAUUUUGGAAGAUUUGAUGCAUCAUGAUAAAGACGUCAUUGUUCCAAAUGUUUGGCGUCCAUUACCUGAUUGGCUAGGUAACCAGCAACCUUAUGAUUUGAAUUCAUGGCAAGAAAGUGAAGGUGGUUUACAAUUGGCUGAAACUUUAGACGAAGAUGCUUGUAUUGUUGAAGGUUAUGUUGAAUAUCAAACUUGGAGACCUCAUUUGGCUUAUUUGCGUGAUCCAUAUGGUGAUCCGGAAGUUGAAAUGGAAUUAGAUGGUAUUGGUGGUGUCUCUAUUUUAACCAAAGCAAAAGUUUUUAGAACAGGUUCACAUUUCCCUGCAUUCUCAUUUGAAAAACAUGCUGAAACUGAAGCAUUUGGUAAAUUAAGUAAAAGAAUGGGAUAUUCAGUUGUUGGUUUACCUCACUACGUCAUAUGGCAUAUCUAUGAACCUUCAUCUGAUGAUUUGAAACAUAUGGAAUGGAUGGCCUCUGAAGAAGUUCGUCAACAAGAAGAAGCCAAGAUUAGAAAAGUUUAUGAUAAAGUUUGGAACAAAGCUUUUGAAGACGUUCAAGAAGUUUGGAAUAAAGAAAGAAAUAAAUUCUUAAAGAACACAGAUAUGAAUAAUGUACGAAAGAUACAUGUUGAUUGGUCAGGUGUUGAUGAUGUUGAUAUAGAUAAAAGUUUGAAAGAUGGCAAGCAAUUAGCUGACUUCAAUCCAUAA